AUGCCUCGUCAUCGCCACUAUUCCUGGCCGUUCAGCGGUCCAACUCGAGUCGAAGAUGUACCAGUGCCAGCGCCACUCAACCCUGACUCUCAAUAUCAACCAUUCACAUCUUCAUUACCGCUACAACAGGAAAACGGGAAGGAGAGAAAACCACUAGCUCUAGUGAAAGAUACAUUCCAUCGACCUCUAAGCCCGGACACGUUGACCUUUCCGUACAGCUCUUCCGACGAAGAGGACGUCUUUAUAUCCGCCGGGAUUGUCUCGAAAGAGAAACAUCGACGACAUCGGACAAAGAAAAGGCGACGAUCUCGAGUUCACAAGAAGAUAACAAAAAACCAACCCAAAGAACAUGACCAUGCCGAGAAAAAUGAGAGCCAUGAGCAACGUGAAGAACAAAGAGAGGUGAUCAUCUCCUCCAUCACAGAAGCCAACCACGUCCCCACCGCGAUGCUGCGCCGCAUCAUCUGGCCACGACUCGAGAAAGCUCGGCAGUUUCUGAUUCCUUUACAUCUUCACUUCUCAUCGUCACUGCCGUCAUCGGGGUCCACGCAUUCAUCGGUAUCGUCCGCAAAGGAGACUAUUGUCCUGUCGUGUGCAAGUACGCCGACGUUGUCGGAGACGGAGGAUGUUUCGUUUUCGAUGGCCGGGGAGGAUUGGAGAUUGCGUCCUGGGAGACGACAUCGACGAUGUCAUUCGGAGCAGCCUCGGGCAUGGAGAGAGCCUAGUGCAGGACUGUGGACGUUGGAUGAAGAGUGA